AUGCAACAAAGUGACUCAUAAUAGCCACAAACAACGCAAACUAUAGAUGAACAACCGAAACCGAAGGACACACGAUAUAAGACGAGUGAUGUCACCAAGACAAAAGGAGUAGAGUUUGAAGAGUUCGAUUUGAAAUAAGAAUUAAUGCAAGGUCUAGCAGCAUCAAAUUAUGAGAAGCCCUCUCCUAUUUAAGAAGAGUCUAUUCCAUUUGCUUUAGCAGGAUCAAAUAUUAUAGCAAGAGCUAAAAAUGGCACGGGCAAAACAGGAGCCUACAUAAUUCCAAUUCUAGAAAUGUUGGAGGUGGAAGGUCAGAUCUAGAGUCUGAUUUUGGUGCCUACUAGAGAAUUGGCUCUCCAAGUGUCAAGUCUAGUAAAGGAGAUUGGUAAGUACAUGAAAGUGGAAUGUAUGGUGUCAACAGGAGGCACUGAUUUUAAGGAGGAUAUCUAUAGAUUGAAACAAGUGGUUCAUGUAUUGGUUGGGACACCUGGUAGAAUUCUGGAUUUAGCCCAAAGGAAACUAGCUGAUUUGUCUAAAUUGAAGCAUUUUGUUUUGGAUGAGGCUGACAAACUCCUGUCAGUUGAUUUCCAACCACUUAUUGUUAAAAUACUUCAAUUUGCUCCUCCAGAAGUACAAAUCAUGAUGUUUUCUGCAACAUUCCCUGUUGAUGUUAAAGGUUUCAUUAAUGAACAUGUUCCUCAGAUCCAAGAAAUUAAUUUGAUGGAGGAAUUAACAUUGAAGGGUGUCACUUAAUACUAUCUAUUUAUUGAUGAGAAAUAGAAAGUCAAUUGUUUGAAUUUCAUUUUCAGCAAACUUGAAAUUAAUUAAGCAAUCAUAUUUUGCAACUCAGCAAGAAGAGUAGAAUUGUUGACUCAAAAAAUCACUGAAUUUGGGUAUUCGUGUUUCUAUAUUCAUGCAAAAAUGAAUUAGAAGGAUAGAAAUAAAGUAUUCCAUAGUUUUAGAAAAGCUGUAGGUAGAUGUCUCGUCUCUACAGAUCUCUUUACUAGAGGAAUUGAUAUUUAAUCUGUCAAUGUUGUCAUAAAUUUCGAUUUCCCCAGAACUGCUGAAACAUAUUUACAUCGUAUAGGCAGAUCAGGAAGAUUUGGUCAUUUAGGUUUGGCUGUUAACUUUAUAACUGAAACUGAUAAAGAUACUUUGGUAUAAAUAGAGUAAGAGCUAGACACUGAUAUUAAACCAUUUCCAAAAGAAGUUGAUAAGAGUUUAUAUUGA